AUUUAUCACCAAAAUCAAAUAUUCAACAUCUCCUUCUUUCACUCUCGUCAAUCCCUUCUCUCUCUCUCUCACAUACACACACACUCUCUCUCUACUCACUAUUCACUGUACCUCUUCUCUCUUUCUCUCUGCUUGAUCCACCAUUUCUUGCAGAGAAAAAGAAAGGAAAAAAAUGGUGGCACUCAAGAAGAAAUUCCCCAUGUCUAAUUCCCAUUUUACCCCUAUUACAUUCACUUAUUUACUACUCCUGUCCUUCUCAUCCUCCGCCACUCCCAUUCUUGCCAUCAACAUCACCACCCUCCUUUCUUCCUACCCUGACUUCUCCUCCUUCACUGCUCUUCUUUCCUCUACAUCUUCCUUGGCUUAUGACCUCACUCAUCGCUCUUCCCUCACUCUUUUAGCUGUACCCAAUUCGUAUCUCUCCGCCUCCGUUGAAAUCACGCGCCACCUCUCUCCCUUCUCUCUUGCCGACCUCCUUCGUUAUCAUGUCCUUUUGCAGUACUUCUCCUGGUCUGACCUCCAGCAGAUCCCUACCACUGGUGUUCUUGUUACCACUCUCUUUCAAACCACUGGACGCGCCGCCUCCAAUUCCGGCACCGUUAACAUUACCCGGAAUCCCAUCACCAACACCGUCACCAUCAAUUCUCCGUCCCCUUACUCUGGUUCAAACGCCACCGUUUUGUCUCUGUUGAAAACCCGUCCAUACAACAUCUCCAUCCUUUCUGUUAAUUCCCUUUUAGUCCCCGAUGGGUUCAAUCUCAUGGCAUCGGAGACUCGGCCUCCAUUAGGCCUAAACAUAACGAAAGCACUUAUAGAUGGGCAUAAUUUUUUUGUGGCCGCAUCGAUGCUAUCGGCUUCUGGGGUGGUGGAUGAAUUUGAAGCCGAUGAAAGAGGCGCCGGAAUUACUCUCUUUGUCCCAACAGACUCCGCUUUUGCAGAUCUGCCGGCCACCGUGAGCUUACAGUCACUACCAGCUGACAAAAAAGCUGUGGUCUUGAAGUUCCAUGUCUUGCAUUCGUAUUACCCACUGGGUUCCCUCGAGUCGAUUGUGAACCCAGUCCAGCCCACAUUGGCCACGGAAGCCACCGGCGCUGGUAGCUACACACUCAACAUCUCGAGAGUUAAUGGGUCGGUGGCAAUCGAUUCAGGGAUAGUUCAGGCAUCGGUGACGCAAACGGUUAUCGAUCAGAAUCCAGUUGCGAUAUUUGGGGUGUCGAAAGUUUUGUUGCCGAGGGAGAUUUUUGGGAAGAAUUCGAUAGCGACAAGCAAGCCUGGAAAUGGCGUGAUGGGCGCCGCUCAGCCACCGGAUAUUUCUCUAUCGCCAGAGAGUGCUCCCGGAUCGGAUGGGCAGCCUUCUCAUCUGUCGUCACCGCCAGGUUUUAGAGAAGACAUGAAAUCCGGAGGCAGAGCUGAACCGGCCAUUGAUGGAUUACAGAGCCUGAUCUUUGCUGUGUGUUGUACAGGAUUGUAUUUAGCAAUAUGAGCUUUUUAAUUAUUUUUGCUGAUAAUUAAUGAUUUUCCAUUUUUGUUUUCCUAUUUGUACACGGUGAUUGAAUUUGGCUAAAUAAGCAGCCAGUUUUUUUUUUCC